CAUAUGAGUGCCGAUCUAGGUAGCUCCUGACUCCAUGUUGUUACGGCGAACGAAAACUCCAGAGCAGGAAGUUUCCCACAUUCUGGCGGGAAUGAUCUUCGUACGUUUAUUGGAAUUCGAUGGCACGUUAACUGCAACGAAUCGGCUGAAUGCGCGCGAAAUGUCAGUUUUGCUCCACGACGUCGAUCGGCUUUGAUCGUCGCCUAGUUUUAAGACCGAUUCCAAUCGCGACCAUUGUUUCGUUAUGAUCGCAGCCGAGAAAAUUUGAACGUGAACCGGCUACAUCGGUCUUUUGUUUAAAUGCAGCUUCACUCAACAUUUCGUGAUCGAUUCUCGAGACAUGGAACAUAGCACGACGAAUGUGAAGAAGAGGAACACUGAGAAUCCCGACGAGCACUCGGCUAAACGCUGCAAGCGUACCGAUAAUGAGAAUGAUGUAGAACAGUGUGCAGCUGGAAAAGUGAAAAAGAUUCGUCUUCGUAACUUUAUGUGUCAUGCAGCGUUGGAAAUAGAAUUAAAUGAAAAUGUUAAUUUUAUUGUGGGACGUAAUGGUAGUGGCAAAAGUGCCAUACUAACAGCACUAACUGUUGGACUUGGGGCAAGAGCAAAUGUUACCAGCAGAGGAGCUUCGGUGAAAGAGUUUAUAAAAAAAGGCGAGGCCUCUGCAACUAUUGAAAUAACUUUAUCGAAUGAGGGAGAUGGAGAAUACAAACAUGAUAUUUAUGGUAAUGUUAUUAUAGUUACACGUCUUAUUGGACCAACAUACUCAGCGUAUAAAAUUAAGAAUUGGAAAGGGGAGAUCAUCUCGACAAAACGAGAUGAAUUGGAGAACAUUGUAACAUCGAUGAAUAUACAAAUCGACAAUCCAAUAUCUGUCCUGAAUCAAGAUGUGUCGAGAACAUUUCUAAUUAAUUCUAAACCUGAAGAAAAGUACAAUCUAUUUAUGAAAGCUACUCUCUUAGAUAUGAUAGAAAAUAAUUAUAUAGAAGCUCUGAAGAUAUGUGAGGAAGAGAACGAAAAAUUGGAUCAAUAUUAUGAGACAAUGUCGCAGAUAAAGUCAGAGAUAGAGAAAUUAAAGGACAAUAUAUCUAAAGUAGAGAGCAUGGACGAGUCGCGUGCGGAAUUGACAAAUCUGGAAAAUGAACUUCCGUGGGCUAUUGUUAGUGAAGAGGAGAUAAAACUUAACAAGAUUCAACAAACUUUAAACACGCAUGAAGCCAACCUGAAAGAGUUACAAGCUACGGAGUCAUCCGUGGGAUCGGUGAAUGAGAAAAUCGACAGCAAGAUCAAGGAAAUAGAAGAAAAGAUCCAGCGAGCUGGGCAAGAAAGGGAGGAUAUCGAACAAACGUAUAUAAGUGUACAAGCAAAGCAUACAGCUGCGAAGGAGGCAUAUUUCAGCAAACAGCGCGAAUGGCGAUCCGUAGAGAACCAGGUCAAACGAUUCGAGGACGAUAUUGGUUUACUAAUGGCUGAAAUUCAAAAAUUAGAAAAUUGCAACGACGAACAAUACAACCAGAGGAAGGUGAUGGAAGAGACGCUGUCAAAGUUAGAUGAAAAACUGGACGAACUCGAAGCCUCGAUGCGCACGAAGCAAACCGAAUUGAUGCACUUGGAGGCCGACAAUAUGCGACUCUUGCAAGAAAAGCAGUCAGUCAAGAUCGAAUUGGACAAUCACGCUGCGUGCAUACGCAAACUCGAAAGGAAUUUGAACGGGUUCAAACAAACGGAUAACGCGCUGAGCGUAUAUGGGCCUAACAUACCGCGUCUGCUGAGGAGAAUUGAGGAGGAGUGUAAGAAAGGACGAUUCAAAGAAAAGCCACGUGGUCCUAUCGGUGCUAACAUAAAGCUGAAGAAUAAAGAAUGGAUACCGGCGGUAGAAAGUUAUCUAGGUCGCCAUACUCUUAACACGUUUUGCGUGGACAAUAGCCAGGACGCUAAAUUGUUGACUAGUAUUAUGAAGGAAAUCUUCCACAACGAGAAACUACCACAAAUCAUAACCAGCAAGUUCUACCAUCGGAUACAUGACGUUAGUCGUCACUGUACGCAAUCGUCGACGUAUUCUAACUUGCUGGACGCGAUGGUCAUAGACGAUCCAAUCGUGGCUAACUGCUUAAUCGAUCAGCGUGAAGUCGAGUGCAUACUCCUCAUACCGACGAACCAGGAAGCCUGUCAGAUAAUGUCGAACGCGACGAAGGUGCCGAAGAAUUGCAAGAGAGCGUUCACUCAGCAAGGCGAUACCUACUUUCCCGAUCCGAAUUACAGGACGUAUGGCGGCAGGUGCGAACGCCCGAAGUUGCUUCAAGUCUCCACCAAGGAAGCGAUGCAAACACUGAAGGAAGAGCUCGAGCUAGCGGAAGGUGUAAGUCGAGAGACGAGGACCGCGUAUAUCGCUAUCUGCGAGAAGGAAGAGCGCACCAAAUCCGCACUGACCAACGUGAACGCGAACGUCAAGAAAUUGAAAGACUUACAGAGACGUUACAAAGAACAGAUUGAUAACUUGAAGGAUAAACUCGAGAUGAAUAACGGCACGUCCACCGACGUCUUCCGGAACGAGAUCACGGAGCUCGAGAAGAAGAUGGUGCAGCAAAAGGUCAAGGAGGAGGUUCUAGCUGCGAAAGUGCAGGAGCUCCAGAAUAACGUUAAAUCCCUCGAAGACGAUGUUAAGCGUUACAGGAAUUUGAUAAACGACGCGAGCAUAGUGAUCGAGCCUCUCAAUGAACAAAUAGCAGAGCUCACGCAGGAGAAGAACAGUCACCGCUUCGAGACGCAACGCUCCGCACGGAAAUUGCAGGUGGUCCAGCAAGCCGUGCAAACCACGAUGGCGAAAUUUGCAAUACAAGAAAGAGCCACGAGGGCAGCAAUUAACGACGCCGAGAAAAAAUGUCCCAGGAUAGACACUACCAAAACGAAAAAACGUAUCAAGGAUUUAAUGGCGGAUUUAAGGAACAAGAUUUGCGAAAUAGAGCAUCAAUAUGGCAGUGUGGAUGACUUGAAGAAACACUUGCAGGAGAAAGAGGAGAAGUACGGAUCGAACAUCGAAUUCAUGACUAAAUUGAAGGAAAGUUGCGAGAAACACAUCGAACGGGUGAAGCGUCGGCACGCUGUGUACGAGGAAUUGAGGCAGUUGUAUGGCGUUCACAUACAGAAGUCCUUCAAAGACGUACUCGCUUUGAGGCACUAUAAGGGUGACAUGAUGAUCGACCACACGAACAAGGUGCUCAAUUUGAACGUGAGCGCACGAGCCGAUAACAGCUCCAACAAAGACAACCGAUCACUCUCGGGAGGCGAGCGAUCUUAUUCAACCGUCGCGUUCAUCCUGGCCAUUUGGGAGUGUAUCAAACUACCCUUCUAUUUUCUCGACGAGUUCGAUGUAUUUAUGGAUAAGGUGAAUCGACGUGUGAUCAUGGAUAUAUUAUUGGAUCACACUAAGACGCAUUCGGAAAGUCAGUUCUGUUUCCUAACACCUUUAGACACGUCGAGCAUUUCCACCGAAGAUUACUUAACAAUUCACCAGUUGCAACCACCGGAGAGGAGGGGGCUGAGUCAAUAAACGUUUACCAUUAUUAUUAUUAUUAUUAUUAUUAUUAUUAUUAUUAUUACCACAUCGUUAGUUUAUUUUCUCUCAGUUCUCUCCCUUUCAAUUUUGAUGCAGUAUCUUGUUUUGUUCUACAUGAAGUCCAGUGAAUAUAUGUGUUUUGUUUUCGUAUGCAAUUGCACUCAUAUACCUCGUUAUCUAAUCGAAAGUAUUUAUUUACAUUGUACGAUAUUGUUCUCGUAGGUAAGCUUCUAAGUGUUUAUAUUUCUUUCUUCUCCGUAUAAUUUGUAAGAUACGAAGUCAGAAAUCCGAACGUGAAAAACCUGCUCAUUGAAUGUGAUGUGAAAACUGUAUGUACGAUAUCUAACAUUCUACUAGAUAGGCGGGUUCCACUUAACGUUCAUAACGAUUACGAGCAUCGUUCUGUCUUUUUUCUUUUUUGUUUAACAUCCAAGAAAAAUAAGGAUAGAAUGAUGCUCGCGAGCGUUAAGUGGAACGCGCUCUACGUGUUACAUGUAAUGUACUCUCUAGGUAUUCGAGGAAAAGAAAAAAAAUAUGGCCCGCGACAAAAUUAUUUUACAUACAAAAUUUUCCACGAUGUACAUCGUAUUGACUCACAUUAUUCGGUGUACAUCGACAGGUGAGAGAGCUUUCGUCGCAGGCGUACUAAAAUAAAGAAACAAAGGUAUCUCUUUUUAUACCGCAGAAAUUUUUAUACCACCGAAUAAAAACUCAAUGUAUAGAUA